AUGAUUGAUUUCGAUCAUCGUGUUGAUCGUACAUAUAUGACAAAUCGUCAUCAAUCACAAUUUAUUGGACAAGACCUUCUAUCACGAUUUCAUCUUAAAAUUAAAAGAAUUUAUGAAUCAGAUAAUAAACAAUCCGAUUCGAACAUUUAUAAUGAUGAUCGAUAUGACAAAUGCAAUGAAUUAGAUCUUUUCAGAAGUCAACGAAGACAUGUUUUGGAUGAUUGGCAAGCAAUAAUACAUUAG